AUGUUGUUUUCUGUCUUGGUUGCUGUCGUCUGUGCCGUCAGAGCUGUUCAUGCUCUAGGGCAAGAGUCUAUUAUUACCUAUAACCAUGAGCCAGGAAGCUUUAAACUAGCAGGAAAUGACACCUCGCCGGGGGUUAUCUUACUUGACAACAACGACUGGCCAGGGGUUCUGCGAGCUGCAGGAGAUCUUGCUGUGGAUUUUGGACGGGUCACCGGGUCGAACUUCACGAGGAAACUCUUCAAUAACACGGAUUCUGGAAAUCUCCCAGACAAUUCCAGCAAUAGAGGCGUUAUCAUUGCUGGCACAAUCGGGAGUUCUGUCCUCAUUGACUCUCUAAUUCGAACCGGGAAAAUAGACGUCAACGCUACGAAAGGGAAGUGGGAGGCAUUCCAGACAGAGAUAGUCCAGGAUCCUAUCGAAGGAAUUUCAAAUGCUCUCGUCAUCUCCGGAAGUGACAAGCGUGGUGUAAUAUAUGGACUCUACGAUAUAUCUGAGCAGAUAGGCGUCUCACCAUGGUAUUGGUUCGCUGAUGUCCCAGCGGCACGACACGCCGAGGUAUAUGCUUUGAACAAGCGAAAGAUACAAGGUCCCCCAUCAGUCAAGUAUCGGGGUAUCUUUAUCAACGAUGAGCAGCCAGCCUUGACUAAUUGGAUCAAUGCCAAUUACCGACCCGCGAAAUACGGCGCUGGUUACAAUGCUGAUUUCUACUCUCGAGUAUUCGAGCUCCUUCUCAGACUUCGAGCCAAUUACAUAUGGCCCGCAGAAUGGGCGAGCAUAUUCGAUCUUGAUGACCCGCGCAAUUCACCAACCGCAGAUGAGUACGGGAUUGUCAUGGGGACCAGCCAUACAGAGCCAAUGAUGCGAUGGACAAUGGAGCAAUCUCUCUUUGUGGGCGGAGAAUGGAAUUGGGACAUCAAUGAAAAGAACAUUACGGAAUUCUUUCGGGAGGGGGCUCAGAGGUCGAAACCAUAUGAAAGCCUAUAUACUUUAGGUAUGCGCGGAGUGGGAGAUACUGCCUCCCCGACAAUCACAGCGGAUUCAUUAAAAGAAAUCGUCUCCGCGCAGCAGCAGGUUCUCUCGGAGGUAUUCAAUACGACCAAUGUGUCCUCUAUCCCGCAGAUGUGGUGUCUUUAUAAGGAAGUAGCGCGAUACUUCCAGCAAGGCCUGCGUGUUCCGGAUGACGUUACCCUUUUGUGGGCUGAUGACAACUGGGGUAAUAUACAACGACUACCUGUCGAUAAUGAGUCAAGUCGAGAAGCUGGUGCUGGUGUAUACUACCAUUUUGACUACGUUGGAGACCCGCGCGAUUACAAAUGGAUCAACACCAUCUCUCUUCAAAGGACAUGGGAACAAAUGCACUUGGCAUAUGAACGUCAAGCCAGACAAAUCUGGAUAGUGAACAUUGGUGAUCUGAAGGGACUGGAAUUGCCUUUAAGUCACUUUUUCGAUUUAGCCUACGAUAUGCCUGUGUGGUCUUCCCCGGAUAGCACUGCAACGUGGCUAAAUAACUGGGCCUCUCGCGAGUUUGGAGUGGCUGCCUCCAAAGAUAUUGCGAAUGUUAUGAAUCGGUAUGGGAUGUACGCCGCGCGACGAAAAUAUGAGCUCUUGAAUCCGCAGACUUUCAGUUUGAUCAAUUACAACGAAGCGGAUGAAGUCUUGAGUGGCUGGGAAACGCUGGCUAAAGACGCUCAGAAGAUUUAUAACAGUUUGCAACCAGCAGUGCGUCCUGCAUUUUUCGAAUUAGUGUUGCACCCUUGUACGGCAGGGUAUAUCGUCACCAACAUCCAUAUAACGGCAGCGAAAAAUAACCUCUACGCAAGCCAAAGACGAAGUAGCUCAAAUAUCUUGGCAGAGCAAGCGCUGAGGCUUUUUGAGGAUGAUAAUGCUUUAACCCAGAGAUACCACAAGCUCUUGAAUGGUAAAUGGAAUCAUAUCAUGGAUCAGACCCACUUGGGAUAUAGUUACUGGCAGCAACCGAUGAGAAACACGCUCCCACCAAUUUCUUAUACACAGGUAAUAGAAGAAAGCCUUGCAGGGAGCAUGGGGGUGUCUGUUGAAGGGAGCAAUGCUUCUGUCCCGGGAGAUGACGAGUGGCAUACCCUAUCCAGCAACAUGCUCGUUCUUCCACCGAUUGAUCCAUAUGGGCCAAAGAGCCGCUGGAUAGACAUUUAUUCUCGUGGUACCAGUGACUUUACCUUUACGGUAACCCCAUACGACUCCUGGAUCUUGGCGUCUCCAUCAACUGGCAAGAUAUCAUCAUCUGGGAAUGCGACAGAUGCACGAGUCCAACUUUCGGUUGACUGGGAAAACGCCCCACUGGGAUCAAGUAUCUCUUUCGUCAAUGUGACAGUGUCAUCCAGGGACUAUGGCAAUUUCGAGAUGCCGUCUGUUGAGCUUCCUGUGAAUAAAACCUCAGCCCCUGAAUCCUUCCACGGCUUCGUCGAAUCCGACAGUACUGUCAGCAUUGAAGUCGAGCAUGCAUCAAGAAACACCUCAACGAGGAAUGCAUCAUACGCUGUGAUUCCAGGCUAUGGUCGUAGUCUUUCGGGUGUGACUCUCUUGCCAGUCCUGGCGGACACACAGCAGCCUCCCUCAUCUCCUCGACUUGAAUACGACAUGUACCUUUUCUCCAAUGUAUCAACGGCCAAUGUGACAGUCUACCUAGGUCCAUCUCUCAACACAGACCCCUCGCGCCCUUUGAAGUAUGCAAUUGGCUUUAAUAACGCGGCACAUGAAGUGGUGCAGUUUGUCCCCUCAACGCCCUUAGGGUCUUUGCCAUCCAACUGGGAAGAGACCGUCAGUAACUCUGUUUGGACUAAUACUACUCGCCAUGCAAUUUAUGGAGGUGGCAAGAGCAAUACUUUGAAACUUUGGGCUAUUGAGCCGGGUGUGGUCUUCCAAAAGAUUGUUAUCGAUCUGGGAGGAGUGAGGGAGAGCUAUCUGGGACCACCAGAGAGUACGAUCAUUUAA